AUGAAGGAGAUGAUAUAUAGAGCUGCGGCAUUUCGGCCUGUGAACUUGGGAUUAGAGGUUGCGAAGAAGCCGAAGAGGAAGAACGUGAAGAUAUCAAGCGAUCCUCAAACGUGUGGCCUUUUGGAAGACGCCCCAAAAUUGUUCGACGAAAUUUUCCAAAGGAAUGUGGUGUCUUGGACUUCAAUUAUUGCCGGGUAUGUCCAAAAUAGUUGCACUGCUGAGGACAUUCGCUUCUUUAAGGAGCUGUUAGUUGAGGAGAUUGAGAAUGCAGGGUGUGUUCAGGAGGAGGGGAUGGUUUUGUGGAUCCAAUAG